AUGGAGACGAAAGCAGUCGCGAUGACGGACUCGAGGGCCCAAGUAUCAAACUAUUUCCCCGAUUCAUCCGGGUUUCACAAAAGUAUCAACAUUACUCGCACCAUUUCGCGAGUGUGCGGUAUCUGGCCAGAAUUGGAAGAGAAGAAGAGUAUCGCGGCUCGGUAUUACUUCAUUGUACCCACGAUAGUGAUUUUCUUCACGAUGACUGUACCUCAAGUGAGAAGGGCCGUGCUCCACAGGAAAGAUUUGAGCGCAGUUUUAGAACUCAUGACGACUGGAAUCGUUAUGGAGUUGAUAGCGUUGCUUAAACUCCUGGGAAUUCGACUCAACGAAUCUGGAUUGAGGUGGUUAUUGCGACGAAUGAUCGACGACUGGAAAACCUCCAAUAGCAAGGAGCGUAACAUUAUGCAGGAAUACUCGAACCUCACGAGAUUCAUCAUGACCCUGUGCAUCACGCUAACCAUCGGCAACGUCGUGGCUCAGACGACCAAGCAGUUCGCCAUUUACUUCAUGGAGCGAUACCAAUCAAUGGCCAAUGAAACGGUCAUCAAGCCUACAUUUCUCAAGUCGGACUUCUACUUCAACGAGCAGCCGGAGGGCAUUUAUGAGGCUGUAGUUGCAGCUCAAAUACUAGGUGGUUUCUAUGUGGCCUUCGCAUUCACGGCUUGUGACGGCUUCUUCGUCUUCUCCAUACUGCACGUAAGCGGCCAAAUUUGUAACUUGCAGCUGCAGAUCGAGGGCUUAGUGCAGAACCACGAGCAGAGAAGAUGCUCGUUCAUCAAGGUCCUCGCACCUAUCGUCGUACGGCAUCGAGAUCUUCGCGGGUACGCAGCUGUUAUAGAGGAAAAUUUCAACAAGAUUUUUCUAGUUCAAAUGAUAGCUACAUCAAUUUUUCUGUGCUUGCAAGGUUUCGAAUUUGCCAUGGUUAUCACUAAGAGUGGAUCUGAAAUGGUGCCAUACCUAAUGUUUAUUUUGUGUUUUGUCGCAUCCAAUCUUGUUAGUAUUUUCACUUACUGUUACGUUGCUGAACGACUACGUGAACAAAGUGAGAAUCUGUUCCGGGCCAUUUUCGAGAUAAGAUGGUAUGACUUAGCACCAAACGAUUCGAAACUACUAAUUAUCAUCAUGACUCAAACAAAAACACCUAUCGAGAUCACGGUUGGCAAAUUUGUUGCAUUUUCACUGGGUUAUUUCUGCUCGGUUUUAAAGACUUCUGCGGGAUAUUUGUCAAUGUUAUUAGCCGUACAGGAUAGAUUGUAG